AUGAAAAGAGUUGAUCGCUUUGACAAUGCACAUCGAAGAGGAUACGUUAGUGAAUCUAUCUAUCUAUCUAUCUAUCUAUCUAUCUAUCUAUCUAUCUAUCUAAACGAGGUUUUUCUAUCUAUCUAUCUAUCUAUCUAUCUAUCUAUCUAUCUAUCUAUCUGUUUAUAUAUUAGUAUGUUUCUAUCUAUCUAUCUAUCUAUCUAUCUAUCUAUCGAUCUAGAAUCUCUUCGUCCACUUAUGAUGAUCAAUCGUCGUUGCCAGCACCAUCUAUGUCCGAGUUUGGAUUAUCCAGUGUCUCUACGAGGCCAAGUUGGUAAUGGAAUUUUAGCGGAUCACACUAGCAACCAGUCUCAAACUGGUGUGUUACAUGUGACCAGCAUUAACUAUUUCAGGCCGUUGAUAGUUUUGGUCGGAGCUAGCGGACCCUGCGUUGUCUUUUCUAUCCAGCCUUUCUCCAGCGGCACAGACCUUAAGCGCUAG